GGGCGGUGCCGGGUCGCCUCGCUGCAGGGCUGCGCAGCCUGUGACUGACAGAAAGAUGAGGGGUGGGGACGCAGGGUGGGGUCACGAGCAGGGAGAGGCGGAGGCGGAGAGAGAGAGGGAGCCCAGCCCUGGAGAACACGGCAACAACACCGACGGAGAGCAGCCACAGACGCCGACUGUUUUCGGGGGGAGCCGAGGGAGUCUUCGACGCUGCGGACAUGAACUGAAGGAGGAGGCAGGGACGGUGCUCGUACACCCCGAAUCCUGACUGUGAAGGUGGGAACCAGAAGCCCCCCUCUCUCCAUUCGAGUUCCUGCUGAGCUACACCCAGGCCGACCCCCUCCCUGCUCCCGCUGCUCCACCCCUCCUGCACCGCUCCGGCAACCGAGAUGCACACGGAGACCCGUGGCAAGAAAUCCACUCCAAAGCAGAAGAAGAAGAAGCAGAGGGGCCUGGCCAAGCAGCGCGCCGCUAACCAGCCGCCGCCGCCUCCUGCAGCGGCCGAGGAAGAGGAGGAGGAAGAGGUGAAGGAGACGGACGAGGAGCCCAGGCCUCCCGAGGAAGAGGAGGAGGAAGCCAGGACGGAGGAAGGAAGAGAGGAAGAGGAGGAGGUGACCAACAUGCCGUCUGUCCAGAUCAAACCAGAACCAGAGGAGAUGGAGUGCACGGCGGAAGUGGGCUGUGGCCCUUCACAAUCGGCGGACAUCGAGGUGAAGAAAGAGUUGCUGAUCUGCAAGACUGAGUCCCUGGCACCCGAGCCGGCCCUGGACCAGACGGAACCAGUCGAUUUGUCACUGAACAAACCGCGGUCGUCCACGCAGCCGUCCACAACAACAACCAACACCACUGUGAACCCGCCACCUGGCACUGUGGUGGCCCAGCCGGGGCUGUCGGCCACCCCAGUCCCAUCCACGGUACAGUCCAUCGGAUCCAUGGUGCUUUCGCCGGGCUCCAUCUUGGCCACGCAGGGCGCCGGCGGCCAGCAGAUCCUCCACGUCAUCCACACCAUCCCGUCCGUCAGCAUGCCCAGCAAGGUGGGCCAGCUGCAGACCAUCCCGGUGGUGGUCCAGUCGCUACCCGUCGUCUACACCACCAUGUCCACGGACGGCGUCGCCACAGCCGCCAUCACAGUGCCGCUUAUCGGCAGCGACGGCCGUUCGGAAGGAACCGUUCGGAUCAAACCCGGUUCCACGUCUCCUGUGGAGUACCAGAGCGAGAGCGACGCGGAGAGCGGCACCGAGUCCGGGUCGGCCUCGCUCAGCGCCCAGAGUCUCGACGCAGGGUCAGUGAUGGACCUGGAGGCCGUCGACCCCGACUCUCCUGACGUCAAGAGGAGAAGGAUCCACAUGUGCGACUAUGAAGGCUGUAAAAAAGUGUACACCAAGAGCUCCCACCUCAAAGCCCACCGGAGGAUACACACAGGUGAGAAGCCGUACCACUGCACCUGGGAAGGCUGCACCUGGCGGUUCGCUCGCUCUGACGAGCUGACGCGACACUUCCGGAAGCACACGGGAAUCAAACCUUUCCGCUGCACCGAAUGCGACCGUUCCUUCUCGCGGUCCGACCAUCUCUCGCUUCACCGCCGCCGCCACGUCAUGAUGUGAACUAUGAAACUCUGACGGAGGCUUGGCUCAGCACAUCUGGAACGACAUCCAGUGGCGACAGCGGAUCCCGACUCUGGGAAGGAGCAUCUCCCGGACGCGACCGAGGAGCUCAUACAUCACAUCACCUCAGCUGCUUCUUCAAACUUGGAAAAGACUAAUCAGCGAAUUCCACGUUCAGGAAAACAGGAAUCAAUCCAUCGGUUACUGAAAUACUACAGUACAAAAAAACUGUGUGUGGAAAAUAUUCUGUCAUAAAUAGCGGAAUGGAAGUCUGUUUUUCUCAGUGGGAAAGACCCGGCAUCCAAACUGCCGCUGCUGGUCCUUUGUUUCUCCUCAUCUUCUCCCAAGUGAAAAUCGAGGCUAUAUGCUAACACGCUAGCAUGUGGCAGCAUGUGUCAUGUCCAUCGAUAUUAACAGCGGGAGGAUGGAAAAGUCGCCUGACCAACCAGUUCUUGGACGUUUUCGCAGCUGAGGUGAUGAUGCGUCCUUCCUCUCGAGUCACAUGACCCUGCACGCGGCGUAAAAACAGUGUUUUACGUCAAUGUUCUUCUCUCCUCUUGCCGCCACGGUCGGCGUCAGAUGCAGGAUUUUCCUUGAUUUCUUUCUGGGGCUGUGAAAAAUGUUUUCUUGCCGAGUGUGUGUUUUUGAGCAAAGACAAGUGUUUCGCACACGCGUGUCGUUAGCCGCUGCCCGUCGAGCCCUAAUGACAGAAUCACCGCAACCGCUGACGGACUUGUUUAGUUGUCUGAUGUUAAAUAUUUAUGUCCUUCGUGUUCUUUUCCGAGAUAAAAAAAAAAACAAGAGUCUAAAUCAUCAGGUAAUGUGUCGUGACGUCGAAUGAGGGAACACGUUGAAGCACAAAUAUAACAAGAAUGAAGAAGGAAAUUGUAUCAGAUCAUGUUUUAAAAACUAAAAAGUGAUAUUUAAGAAAUUAUUAAAACUUUUUAGCAAAGUAUUUGGAAGUUUUGGUGUCACUUUUUCAUACUUUCAAACUAGAAAUAAAGUCUUAAAACGUUUCUACAGCCCAAAAUUAAACCCUUUUUAAUGACUGAAAGCCAAUAAUUCUGCUGAGUCCUGCUGUCGUAUUGAAAAUAUUUAGACAGAAUAGUACAUCUGCAUCUUAAGCUUCUACUGCUAACGGUUAGCAUCUGUGAGAAAAGUCUUUUAUUGACAGAAUAUUAUGGUCAUUAAAACAUAAAAAUCGGCUGUGUCCAUUUUUGCUGAGUAAUGUUUCAAUUACAAAAAUCGAUGAUGUAAUGAUGUAUAGCAAUACAAAAUAUGUUUUCCCCACCGUUAUGUUUUGACUCAGAACGCAGAAGAAAAAAAGCGAAACUAUGAAUCAGUAUUUCCGAGAUGACACCAUCUGAACACAGGUGCAAUAGCAGAAGUGUUGAAAUAGCGUCAGUCCUUCAGCGGUUCUGGUCCAAACCAGGUGCAAGAGUGGGACGUGUUAUUCCCGGAAUCUCGCGUGGGCUUCUGUUUCUCAGCCUCUGACUGGAGCUGGACUUGAUUAUGCAACUUUAACCUCGAGCACUGAUGAGUUCCGAACCUGUUUAGUUGCCUCCCGUCCACCUUUCUUUUCCCCGAUCCCUGUCGGUUAAAUCUCCUGAAUUCUUCGAGAUAAAAAAGAAUAUUCAAGACAGAUUUUGAUAGUCUUUUGUUGAUGACUUUUGAAAGUCCGAACAAAUUCUUUCGCAGCACAGAACGCCGUUCCUCUUAACGUCCCCUCCUGCUUCGGCUGAAAAAAAAAAAAAAAAUGAAAGCACAUCUUUCUAGAAGAGUUUAUGCAUUUGAUGGCGAUUUGUGUUCUUUUGUAAACUGUUGAUAGACGACGAGAGAUAAAUACGAGAACUCCUGUACAUACGUGUAAAUAACGGAGAGGAAAAAAAGUAAACGUAACGGGUGAAUUUCUAUUUUUAACACUGACUAGAAAAAUGUGAACAAAACUUUUCUGCUCCUUCGUUGGUUUCGAUGUUUCAUCGCGUGUUCAGUUGGAAAUAUGUAGUUUCUUCAAGAUUCUUGGUCCCACUUGUGUUGUGCACACUUGUGUUGCAUGGAGAGUAGCGUUCUGCUUUUGACUUAUCGUGGCGUUGGUGAGCAUGGUGUGUGUGUGAGUGUGUGUGUGUGAGACAGAGAGUGGCGAUGAACCAGAGGGAUCCUUCAAAUUCUUGCACAUUCUGGUCUAAAAUUCCCGAAUUUUUCUCACACACAUUGUGCCGGAAACAACUCAAAAGAAAUGUCACGACAAAAAGGGCUAAAUUGUGUAUCGACUCACACGCUAUUAGCAUUAGCAUUGCAAUAAUCUUUUUAACGCAACAGUAUUCCUUAGUUAUAAAUACUUAGUUUUUGUCUUUUUUCUUAAAAAAUAUCAAAUAUAUGUGUGUCGAGGCAAGUGAGACACGUUAAACUGACUUUAUUUUUGCAUCAUUUCAUCCCUAAACAGCUAGUUGGUUUUACAAGGGCUAUAGCUUUACAAAGUUUAUGCCAUUGUUUGUUGUAUGUGUGUAUGAAUCUGCGUCCUGAAUCUAAAGUUCAGUUCGAUCUUUGUCGCGGCCUGAUCUGGUCCUGCAUAAACGGGGUAAAAAAAGGGGGGGAAGAGCUCGCACCUGCUCCUUUGGAACUGCACCAAUGCAUUGUAUAGUAUUUUAAUGACAAACUUCUACAAUAUCACCAUGUCACUAACUUCGGAAUUUCCACGGGACCAGAUCAGGUAGUGACAAUAUUAAAAUUAGCUUCAACAGGGUCUUUUUAAAAUCAAACAAUCAUGUGAAACCUCCAAAAUAAUAAUAGUAAAUAUCAAACAGUUUCAGUUUGUUGAAAGUUUGCGGAGUAAUUUUGAGUAUUUAUAGAACCAGAACAGACUCUUGCACUUAUUACUGUUUCUUUCAUCGUCAUUAUUACGCGUGAAACAAAAAAAAAACGCUGUAGAGCGCCGCCCUCUGGUCACCGUCACUGCAGAUCAACACUCGCCGAGCUGUGUCUCGGUCUGUUCUCUGCUCUCUUCUCCUUCUUUCCUGCAAAGUUGCGUUGAUCUUCAGAUGGAGUUCUCGUCCGUCUCAGUGCCUGAACUCGCCGCCAACGUCUCUCUUUUUUUUAAUUUCUAUGGAAUGCAGUAACUUCCGGGCCAGUACUAUAUUUACUCAGUGCAAUGCAGUCAUGCUUCAAUAAUACAGAUAUUAAUAAUAAUUUGUUUUCUGUUGUUGCUUUUUUUUUGCAUUUGUACAGAACAACUGUGUAAAGAUCAGCGAGGAAAACGUGGACUUUUUGAUACUGUGACUGUCGGUGUUCUAAAGUCGCUUUCUCCCUGUAUAGUUGUGAUUAUUGCCCCCCCCCCAACUUUCUUCUUUUAUAGAAUAAAAUGUUUU